AUGGAGACAAUACACACUGAUUCCAACACCAUCUCCCAGCUUCUGUGUGAAGCAAUUCAGGUGUUGCAGAGAAGGGGUCCAUACCUGCGAUUGAAGGUGCCAGGUGCGUUGCGUCCUCAUGGUGUCAAAGCAGAUAAGGUGGGAGCAGAUAGGUUAAGUGAUGAGAGCAGUAAACGUGCAGACAGUGACCAUAUGGAGAACUGGACUGACCAGGAGCACUCAGACCCCCAAUGCAUCGCCUCUUCUCCCCCACGGGACGACAAGAACAAAAGCAACAAAGCUAAAUUGUUCAACAGAGAUCGCAGCAACAUGUCUCUGAAGGAACGGAAAAGUAUCUCCUCAACUGGUGGAUCAACACCACGGCAAGAAAAGACAGCUGUGGAGCGUUCCAAUUCCAGUGCCAAUGUGGAUUCUAGUCCAAGGAAAGUAUUAUUAGAGCAGUUGGCAAGAGUAUUACCAGUCGAGGACGUCCAGCUCCCCGACCAUGUGAUUCUGGUCAACACAGCAGAGUCUCACGGGCCUCUACUGGCAGCACACCUCACCGAGCAUGGCCACCGGGUCAUCACAACUAUGGCCUUGGCAGAUGUUAAGGCCACUGUGUCUCACCUUGUAAAUAAGCUUCAGAAAUUCUGUAAUAGUAACCUAAAAGCCCCUGGUCCGAUGAAGGUGGUGGUGGUGGGCUCCGACCUGUACAUCAGCUGUGUUCUGAGGCCAUAUGUUGAUCAGUUCUCGUCAAAACCUCCAGACUUCCAGAAUCACAUUAGAUUCCUUAUCAUUCCUCUUGGUGUAAAUAGUCUAGCAAAGUACUUAGGGUCAAUAGAUUCUACAUAUGGGGCAGCUUUUGUUAGUGAAUCCUGGAGAGAAGUUAUAGAGAGAUGGGAAAAGCCAGAUGUACAGGAAGUUGUCAACCGUGUCCAUAGAUACCUGACACAGGCACAGCAGACACUGCACCUCCCUAUUGCUGAAGCUAUGCUGACUUACAAGGAAAAGAGUGGAGAUGAUGAGUCCUCACAAGCUUUCGUACCAUUCAUCAUGGACGUGCGGUUGGGAAGCGGAGAUGUGACUUCAACCUCAGUUGAUCUGGAAGACACCAUAACAGCCCCUGCAGCCGUUAUUCUUCCUGGGUCACCCCCAGCAGCGUCCACACCCACCUCAGGACUGAACAUUGAUAAAGCCCGGGAAAAUAUAACACCCCCAUCAUCACCUAACAUCAAUAGCUCACACUUAGCCAAUUAUAAAAUACUGGGAGAAAGUGGGUGGCAGGAGCCACUAGACCUCCAGGUUGACUACUGGCUAGUCAGAGGUUCUGGUCGGGAAGAAAAGGAAAAGGAUAAGGAAAAGGAGAAAGCUCGCAUUGAGGGAGGGAAAUACACUCUCAAAACAAGUUUUCGCACAUUACAAGUUGCUCGUCUCGCACCUCUUGGAGUGACUCAGCCAUUUGAUCCUAGUUCCUGUCAUCACCUUACUCUUUCUUAUGCUACUAAAGAAAAGAAACAGAGAAUUAUGCGACUUGGUAAGAAAAAGGAAAAAGAGAGAGAAACUGAGAGUCGCGAAGUUGUUGAUAGUGUGAGCAGGCUGCUGGGGAGUGCCAAGAACCAGCCAUUUAGAGUGAGCAUAGAUUCAGCCGAGUGGACAAAUGUAAAGUUCUUCCAGUUGUCCUCACAGUGGCAGACACAGAUCAAGUCCUUUCCCAUCUCCUUGUUCAGCCUCCAGGAUUCAAACUUGUGACUCACUUCUUCAAAGGAAUCAGAAAGUUAGUAGAUUGCUUAUUCAGGAGCAGUUGCUCAAUAGAAGAGGAGCCAGAGGAUGGAUUAUGUUAAUUUUACAAUUUUCUAAGUCAUAGCAUUUUUUAUGUAAUGUUAAGUACUGAUAUGAAAUGUGCUAGAAUGUUUGUAUUUUCUUUUGAUUAAAUAUUGUCAAUGAUUCUUCAUGAGGUACUCUUGUCUCUUCCCGUAACUGUUGAGGAGUGAAGAAAUAGCUUUAUUUUGUAUUGUAGAAAAAUGCAAGGGACUCUGGUGCAUUGAUAUAGUGGAGUUGUACUCUCCUGUGAAUAAUACACAUUUUGAAUGAUUUUUUUUUGCAUAUUGUGGAUUAGUAGUGCUUAAAAAUUAAAUUGGAUUUUUUUUCUAUGAGAAAUCAUUGUGCAUGUCUGCAAUAUUUUCAAAGAUGGUGGGUCACAAUAUCAUGUCUAGACAUAGUUCUCUUUCUGCCAAGUUGAUGCUUCUUGUGUAAUAAAACUUUACUUACAAUCGUGUAUAAUUUUGUUUUGAAGAUAAGGAAUUUGUAGAAUGUCAAAAUCUUACUUUUGCGACAUGUCACACAUAUGCUGGUGAAAGUUCCUCUUAACUUAAGACUUGUUUGAGUCAUUAUGUGUUAUUCAUCAAGGAAUACAAUUUUAUUAGGUUAUUUUCCUGAAAUUCCAAUAUCAGUGAAGCUUACUUAAUUUCCAUUCAUACAAACACAUUUUGAUGAACUCUAAUGAUAAUUUCAAAAUGUCAUAGUAAUAACAUCUCAAUAUUCAAUGGUCUCUUUGCAAUGCAUAUUUUAAGAAGACAUUUGUUUAUUUCAACUACACAAGAAUUGCAGUAAGUCUGCUGGCAUAAAAGUAUUAGAUUAUUAUUAUUAUCAUUAUUGUUAUCUUUAUUAUCAUUAUUAUUAUUAUUAUUAUUAUUAUUAUUUUAUUAUUGUUGUUAUUAUUGUUGUUAUCAAUGACUGGUAUCGGGAGAAACUAUCCCUAUAUGCUAUGUGCUCCAUUCUCAGUUUAUUCAACAUACAAUGGAAGUUAUUUUAUCAGAAUUCGUUUACUGAAAUCAUUCCAUGUUUAUAAAUUACUCUCUUGACAUCUCCAGUGUGGUCAACUUGAUCCUGCAAUCUACCCUUUGGCUUGACCUUUCUCCUAUACCAAGACAAUAUCCACAACCACAUUUCAUUUCCUUCCCUUUCUCUCCUUCAAACUAAGGCAUCCUUAGAGCAGUGAUGACAAAGGGAUCACACUUCUUUCUUAAGAUUGUCUUACAAAUCUGUAUUUGAGAUUUUAUCAAAUAAAUUAUCCUAACUUUGUAUAUAUUUAUAUAUUAUCUGUAAGUUCAUAAGAAGAGUUGUAAAUUGAACAUAAUUUAUAUUGAGACUUACCAGACAGAUUUUUUUCACCAUGCAAUGAAUGAUACUGUUUCCUAUUUUCAUCAUAUGUGGUGACAUUGUAAUUCUGGCAGCACAGAUGUUGUGGCAUCAGGAUGGGUCAGUUUUCUUUUCUUUGUAUUAGUUUCGUUAUGGUUGUUUGUGUGAUUGAGAUUAUACAGUCUUGCACAAUGAUAUUUAUCUUGAGGCAGGGAUGACAUAUGUGGCCUUUCUGUUAACUGGCAAAUGCAGAACUUUAAAGUGUUGUCAAGUAUUUGGUGUUCUGUUCAGAGGUAAUAUGCAUUUGGCCUUAUAGGGGAAUGAAGGAUUACCUACCUUUGUUAUCUAGCAUGAUCAUUGGCUUCAUAAGUAUUCAUGCACAUUCAUUCUCUGUCAUGAGACUACUAGGUAUUGAAACACUAAUGUAAGAGGCUUAUCAUGAAGUAGUUUUACACAGAUUAAUUGCUUAAGACCUUGCAUAGCCCACCAUGCAGUGAAGCAGCACAGAUCUUAGCUAUUUUUUUUUAUUUCACUCAUUAUUAUAUGAAAGAGCAAGUCAUAUAUACCACUUUUAUUGUACUAUUGCUCUUUUAUUUGGUAUACGCAAAAUACUGAAAGAGUGAAUAGCUACCCUGAAUUCCAAAGCUAUAGUCUUAAGGCAACUGUAAAUGGAAUUGUUACAAACAUGCUAUUACAUUCAUAUAAUGUGGAUCACUCAGUGUCUAAUAUAGUUCUGACAAAAAAGGCUUUUAAUGUGUCACUACAUAGGAAUGAAUAUGGAGAACGUCAUAAUUUUUAUCACUGAUGGGAUAAGUACCUAUGGCAUAUUAAUGAUACAGACAAUAUCUCAGUAUUUUGAUGUGUUGUAUAAUUUUAUUUACCUCUUCCUCCUACUUCUCUGUUGAUUUAAGUUAUUCAACUCCUUAUCAUCUGUUUGCUUCCACAAUGUCUAAUAUUUUUUUUGCUUCUAUUCAUUCUGAAAUUAUUUUUACAUUAUUUUAGAGUUUGAUUUAGUAAGUAUUGCUAUUUUUCACAUUUCAUAAACUAUCUGAUAUAUAAACACUGCUACUUCUGUGAAACAAUCAUUGUAGCCACAUCAAUGGCAGGAAUCAGACAGUUUCACAACAUUACAGAAAUUUUUUCACCCAACCACAAUUUGUUUUCCCAAUCUCAAUGCCAUUCAUUCCAUCUCCAUAGAAGUAUCCAGGUCACCACUGAUGCUGUUUGGAUGGUUGUUUGUCAAUAAGGCUGAUACCAGGAGAAGACUAUCAAAACUCUCAUGUUCAUUAUACUAAGGAAUACUGGGUUGUUUUUCACUACAGAAUAAUUUUCAAAAGUUAAAUUGUUUAUAUUGAUUUUUUUCAACUUUAUCUUUAUAAUAUUAUCAUCAUCAUCUCAAUCAUCAUUCUCAUUAUUAUCAUCUUCAUCAAUAGAAAAAGAAACAUCAUUAAAAAAAAGGAAACAAUAUUCAUAAAGUAUGGUUUUUAUAAGUUUCUAUACUUUAAUUGCCUAAGUCCUCAGUAAAGAAAGGGAAUCAGAAUAACUUUAUAUUGCAGAACUAUGUGGUAUAGUAAGGGCAUGAGGUUAUUGUACUUCCUUGACAUUUGUAUCUCACCUAGAAGAAAGAUAGAAAUUGAUAUUUUUUGAGGAGGUGAUAAGUGUCAUCACCAUAAAUCCCCUGACAUUUGGAGUUCACUGGUGACUGAGUAUUAGCGGCCUUGUGGGGCCAAAAACCACUAGUCUUAUGCUUGUCAGGGUCGGGAGCAUCCUUACAGAAUCCUACUGGAGUCCAGCGGUCAUGACUUCAAGACCCACAGAGAGACUGUACAUUAGUAGUCACUGCCUAUGCCCUCACUGUUAAUGUAUGGUUUUGAUAAAUGUUAAUAUAUGUAAAGAAAAUUGUUAGUGCAUAUGGCAUGAACAUAUUUAUGAUGUGGUAGAGCAUAAAGGAAAAUAGUUUUUGGUUCGGAUCAGUUUUUUUAUGGUAAUACUUCACUUCUACGCUUGAAUCACUUUCAAUAAUGAUCAUCCUUUUCAAGAUUUUUUCUCAAGUACUAAUCACAUUAGAGAAGUAUUUUUUUUUUUUUUUUUUUUUUUUUUUUCUAUCUCUAUGACAUGUUUAAACAUAGAGAUUGGAUAUACACACAGUAUCAUGCAGCUUGAUAUAAGACUAAGAUAAGAAAAUGUUUUUGCUCACUUUUUAAAGGGAACAAAGUAUGUUUCACAAAAUUAUUUUCUUGUUAAGCUAAAGUUAUCAGCAUUAAUUAGCUGCUUUGGAGAGAUGUGAAUGUAUAAGACACAUAUACAGCCCCUUUCUCUCUCUCUCUCUCUCUCUCUCUCUCUCUCUCUCUCUCUCUCUCUCUCUCUCUCUCUCUCUCUCUCUCUCUCUCUCUCUCUCUCUCUCUCUCUCUCUCUCUCUCUCUCUCUCUCUCUCUCUCUCUCUCUCUCUGAUUAAGUCCAUACUUUGUUUUUUCAGGGAAAGAUUGCCAUAUAUGAUUGCACAGAGAUAGAAAGGAAGAUUUUUUCAAGGAAAUUGUCUGCUAUUCAAAAUUUUUUGAUAGAUAUGAUGAAUUGUUUACUAUGUAUCACCAAUGUAGAGCAGUGAGUGUGUCUGUAGUGUGAAAAGCUGUCUUGUGAUUUGUGGUUCAAUGGAUGCCCCAUACCCCAAGUAAAUAUAUGUGAUGUGAUCAAUAUGAUUUUGCAUUUGUAGGCAUACAUAAUAGGUGACUUAGGUACUUAGAGGUUAAGAAUAGAAUGCUUAAAUGUACCAAUAAUUUUUUAUACGAUGUUGUUUAUGAAUUUUAAAUGACUGUUACAUUUCCCAUUACGUAAAAGAAAAAUUAUGGACCAUAACAUACAAAAAGAAAGUACAGCAUAUUACCUAUAUUAUACAUUGCAUAAAUUUUCACUUUUGUAAUGCUUACUAUUGACAUGAAGUUUUAUAAAUGUAGUAUUGGAUGAAAGUACCAAGCCCUAUGGAUGAAGAGGGCAAUCUGUUGUAGAGUGUGUAGAUUGCAGUCAUGGUGGAAGGAAAGAGUGGAGUUGAUUAUCUACACAUCAGCCAGUGCCAGAUCAUCCAGGCAUGAGCGAUGGCAGUGUGUGGACGAGGGACUCCACUGCUUCAGUAAUGACUGUACAGGAUGACAGUAAAACUCCAUCUUUUGUCUAAGUGCACUCUUUUUUCUUAUUUUGGAAGACUAGCUCUGAUUUUAAGGUCUAUAUAUGUAUAUGCAUCUUGGAAUCACUUGUGUGUCUGUUUGAAUAAUGCUUUGCCAGAAUUCUGACAGAUAAAGUGCAGCCUUAAACAGAAUUUUAUAUAAUGACCACAGGUCCUGAUAUUUCAUUCAGAUUCUCCAACACAAACUUGUAAUCUAUACAGUGGGAUAAAAAUGUUUCUGUGGAAAGUUUCUUCUGCAUUUUAUUGCACAGGAUUCACUUCUACAUUGAAUAAUCAGACUUACAGAAACAAAAACAUAAUUUCAGUAUUAAUGGAUUAAACUGGUGAUUUUCAGAAUUAUCUAAGAAAUUGUUCAUUAUGUUUGUUAAGUAUAGUACUUUCCUCUUCAUCUACAUCAUAAAGGCAUUUUAUUUUGAACAAUAACACCAGAUUUUUUUAUAUUUUGAAUGUGAAUUAAUAAUCAUACUGUAAUGGACUUCUUGGUGUAUGAUGCUGAUUCGUUGUUGAUGUUCCAAUUAUUAUAUUAUAGCUGAAAAAGAUAUACAGCAAAUUAAACUGGCACAAAGCAAUAUCAAUAGAUUAUAAAAUACAUUAAAUUUCUUUUAUGUUAACUGAAAUAUGUUGAUUUAUAUUUAUUUGUAUUGGAAAAAUUAUUCAAGUUUAGGCUACAGAAGGAAUUUAACUUUCAUGCUGAUGUAUUUCCCUCACCUAUUGCUUGCUUAGAGAUUCCCUUGCCACACCAGUGUCAGCUCUGCAAUCAGUGUUAUCCUACACCACCAAAUACUCAUUGGCUGAGACCAUUACCAGCAAAUUGCUCAAUACCCAAAAUUUUACAUGCCAUUAUACCAUUAAAAAAUCCCAAUAAACAGUUAAUUUCCAAUAUAUUUACUGCUAACUAAAUGUAUACAUUAUUGAUUAUGUAAUACUAUCUUUUAGUUUUCCCUUUUGUUUUUCUUUUCUGAGGAGCUAAAAAAGAAACCUAUUCACUGCACAUGCAGACAACACGUCCACUGAUAGAAAUGACCAGUACGGUGUCUUUUCUCUAGAUUGUGGUGUCACCUGGGGGCUGCCUGCACCUGCAUGUUCACUGUCUACUUACCACAUAUAUUUAAUAAUAGUGUGCCACUUUUAUGUACAUUUCUGUAUUUUGAGCAUUUCUUAUAAGAAAUAAAGAUCAAGUAAGUAUAACUCCUGAUACAAUUUGGGUUAUAUUGUGGUUCUUACAGACUCUUAAUGUCCAGUAGUCUUCAAGCAGUUCUCCUUCUCUGGUGUCACACAGUUAAAUGCUGCAAUCUCAUGCACAGUGAAUGAAGAAUAUAUACUGCUGUUAUCUUUUUAAUCAUUGAGACAUAUCACUUGCCAUAGUGUUCCUCUUUGUGUGUUUGACUAAGUAAGUAGUAGUGUAAGGAGAUAGUAUGUAUUACAAAUUAAAACCAUGACACCUUACAUCAUCUUCCAGACUUGCUUUAUAUACUUGAGUAUAUAUGUCGUUAAUGUGAACAUGUGUAUCUACCUUUGUAAUGCGUGAAACUGCUUUUAUAUAAAGUUCCAGAAAUAAUGUAAUAUUUCAAACAUUUACUUGUAAAGGAAUAUGCACUGUAGACUAAAUCAUUUAUUUCCAAUACAUGAAAGAAAAUCAAAAGUACUGGCCAUCAUGAAGCCUCAGUAUUACAAACAUUUAAGGGAUAUUCGUAUAAGGUGUUUUCCUUUAUGAAAUACUUAUUAUAUAACAACCUUUGAAAUUUGCCAGGCACACUCAGCUCAUUGCUGCCACCAGACAUGGAGAUUACUACACUUAUUAUUAUGCCUUCUAUCACAAUACACUGAUGGAUACACCAGAAGUAGAACUGUAUGUCACCAUUUUUUUUUUUUUUUUUUUUUUUUUUUUUUGUAUGGUAAAAAAGUUUAACCUUUCAAAUCACUUCACUGUACAAGAAUUUAUGUUUUCUGCAAAAAAAAGUUAUUAUGGAGGAGCUUCAUUCAUUUUCUCUGCAGAUUUGUCCUGUAAGACUAUACUCAAGUAUGUAGAGUAGUCAGAUAUUGUACUCUUGUUUUAUAAUAGAAAAUUAUUUGCUGUGCAGUAUCUUAAACAUUCAUUCAAUUGAAUUCUUUCAAGCAAUCGUUAAUCAAGAAAAUGUCAUUCAUGUAGCAUGACUUUAGGUUUCAGAUCGGAUAAAAGCAGCAGAACACAUAAGUGGGCAGUUCAAAGGUACAUCACCUCCAUAGGCUAUCCUCUUUAUUGCAUCUUUAUACAAUCAGAUGCUUGAUGUCUAUUUGUCCUCAAAGGAAGUGUUCAUAGUGCAUAGUUGUAGUUGUUUUUAAUGUGUUCUCAAUCUUCAUCCUCUCCUUGUGGAGGAAAUUAAAGUGAUUAUUCAUUUUCAGCCAGUUUAUUCUAUGGAAGAAUUAAUUUUUGGCACAAAUACUCUAAGUGAUUUUUCAAAAUUAAAAAAUUGUAAAAGACAGUUCCAUUGAAAGUCUUUCAUAAGUCAUGGCAAUUGGCUGCAAGUAGAUUUGUUCAAGAUAAAGAAAGUUUAACAUUGAUCAUUGAUUUUACAGAUGAAUAAUCUGCAGGAAUUCUGGCAUUAAGCCACAUGAAUCCACCUCUGAAAGAGCAAUAAGUUUCUUGUAAGUAUUUGAAUCACAAGUUUCAUUCUAUGUAUUUCAGACUUGGAACUCUUCAAAUAACUGACACUGUUUUUGUCAAUUUACAAUUGCUUUUUCAGAAUGUUGGGUCCAUUUUAAUUACUAUAAAAACCGUCAGAUAUAUAGAAAUAUGCUACAUUUAUGCAGUCUCAUAUGUUAUAAAUUUUGUAUAUUAUAUAUAAUAUAUAUAUAUAUAUAUAUAUAUAUUACUUUUUUAAUAGAGUUGAGAGUUUAGGUUCAUAAUUAUACCAGAGAAAAAGAUACUCAUGCUUUUAUGUAAAGGAUAGUUUUUUGUACACACUGAAGUAGGCUAAGUGUCCGGCUAAAUAUAGGUUAGAUACAUCCAUUUUUUUUCUGACUGUCCUUUAUUUUUUGUUUAUAUAUAUAUAUAUAUAUAUAUAUAUAUAUAUAUAUAUAUAUAUAUAUAUAUAUAUAUAUAUAUAUAUAUAUAUAUAUAUAUAUAUCCUGCAAGUUGUAUAAACAUACCUAUACAUAUCAACUCAAAUUCUGAUGGUUUUAUUAGUAAAAGUUCUGUUAAUCUUGUUAAUCUUACAAGUCUGGUCUCAUGUAUAGGUAAAAAAAAAAAAAUCAAAUUCGCAAUUAUAGACGUGACUAGUUGUGUUUAGUUUGUUGAUGAAUCUGGAAAUAUUGAUAAGAUCUCUGCUGGGAUUUAAACAAUUUAAGAUAUUUAUUUCAGUCAUGCAAACAUUUUUUUUUAUCAUUAUUGCUGUUUAUAAAUGUAUCUGAAAAGGAAUGUUUGUAUGCUCUGUUUAUUAGUAUCAGCCAAAGGUAAAACUUUUUUUUUUUUUUUUUUUUUUUUUUUUCUGCAAGCUACACUUUUUUUUUUUUUUUUUCCAAGCCAAGCUUCAUACUGAAAUUUCUUCUCUGCUUUCUAUUUUUCACACUUCAAUGUACUACACUACCUUGAAGUGAAAAAUGUGUAUAUUGUAUUUCAUGUGCCAUGAUAGGUUUCUGUUCAUAAUUUGAACUUCACCAUUUUCCUGAACUUCAUAGUGUUUUGAGAUCUUUAUUUUCAUAAUUUUCUCCAUGUUGUUCCAUUUACAUAUAUAUAUCACUGCACAAUUUAUACCCAGCAUUAGAUUUACAUUCAUUAUUUGUACAUCUGGUAAGAAUAUCACCCAUUUUAUAUCAACAGACCAGCCUCAGUAAAAGGCAGUGUAAAUUGCAGUGACUGUGAUGUCACUAAAUACAUGUUUGAAUAUA